CCGAAUCAAACUCCAAACCCCAAUGACACGCAUCCUCCUGCUGCGCAAUCUAAAGGACAAUUGCCUCCUUCCUCUCAGCCGAGUCAAAGUACAAACCCCAAUGACCCCCAUCCACCUGCGCAAACACAUCAAGAUGCACAACACCAGCAGCAGCAACAACCCCCCGCUCCAAACACUCGACAGAGUACAGGGGGGACUCCUCGAGCAGAGGAUUCCUGUAAUCACGGGGAGCAAGCGGAACGCCCUCUGCCACCUUUAUUUGUACAACUCCCGAGGACGGUGAAAGUAGACUACGGACCUCAUGAAAUGGGCGACCAGUCGGAAUGGACUUUUUGA